UUUGUCCAAAUCCCUCGUGGUACCGUCUCACCACACAUCUCAACACACCCUUCCCCCCUCUCGCUCUUUCUCUCUCCCUCUCACUGUUUUCUCUCUCUAAAACCAGACCUAGAGAGAGAAGAUAUAUAACCCAAAAGGACGUCGCGCAACAGCAAUGAAGCAGCAUCACACUUCCUCAGAAGCAGUAUCCUCAUCGUCAACGAUAUCAUCGUCGACAGUACCAUCAUCAUCGGAGCAAUCGCAGCCGCCCAUCACCACUCCGUCGCCGAGUCCAUCAAUGGGCGACGAUCCCUCCCUAGCCGCCUCUAGAGACGGCCACGGCCAAGAAUCGGUGACCGUCGAUCGCCGCACCGACUUCUCCGCCGUCUGCAAAUGGACGGUUCACAAUUUCCCCAAAAUCAAAGCUAGGGCACUGUGGAGCAAGUACUUCGAAGUCGGUGGCUUCGAUUGUCGUCUCCUAAUCUACCCUAAAGGCGACUCUCAGGCUUUGCCUGGCUACAUCAGCGUCUAUCUCCAAAUCAUGGACCCUCGCGGCUCAUCGUCCUCCAAAUGGGACUGCUUCGCCAGCUACCGCCUCGCAAUCGUUAAUCACGCCGACGAUUCCAAGUCUAUCCACCGCGAUUCGUGGCACCGGUUCUCCAGUAAGAAGAAAUCGCACGGUUGGUGCGAUUUCACCCCCUCCACUACGCUUUUCGAUUCCAAGUCUGGUUAUUUGUUCAACAAUGACUCCGUCCUCAUAACUGCCGAUAUUCUUAUAUUGAAUGAAUCCGUAAAUUUCACUCGCGAUAAUAAUGAAUUGCAAUCGGCCUCAUCCAUGGCUUCCAUGGUUGUGGCCGGUCCCGUGUCGGAUGUGUUGAGUGGAAAAUUUACUUGGAAAGUACAUAAUUUUAGUCUCUUCAAAGAAAUGAUAAAGACCCAAAAGAUAAUGAGUCCCGUUUUUCCAGCAGGAGAGUGUAAUCUUAGGAUUAGUGUCUACCAAAGUUCGGUUAAUGGGGUUGAGUAUUUGUCCAUGUGUUUGGAGAGUAAGGAUACGGAGAAGGCAGUGGUGUCUGACCGGAGUUGUUGGUGUUUGUUUCGGAUGUCAGUUUUGAACCAGAAACCGGGGUUGAAUCACAUGCAUAGGGACUCGUAUGGUAGGUUUGCAGCGGAUAAUAAGAGUGGGGACAAUACUAGUUUGGGGUGGAAUGAUUAUAUGAAAAUGUCAGAUUUUAUUGGAUCAGAUUCAGGGUUUUUGGUUGAUGAUACUGCAGUCUUUAGUACAUCCUUUCAUGUGAUUAAGGAGUUCAGCAGUUUUUCAAAGAAUGGGGGUUUGAUUGGGGUAAGGGGUGGAAGUGGUGGCACACGGAAGUCUGAUGGGCAUUUGGGGAAAUUCACUUGGAGGAUUGAGAACUUCACAAGGUUGAAAGAUCUUCUAAAGAAGAGGAAGAUUACGGGUUUGUGCAUCAAGAGCAGGAGGUUUCAGAUUGGGAAUCGUGAUUGUCGCCUGAUUGUUUAUCCUCGAGGGCAGUCUCAGCCACCAUGCCACCUUUCAGUCUUUCUCGAGGUUACAGAUUCACGAAAUACUUCCAGUGAUUGGAGUUGUUUUGUGAGCCACCGAUUGUCGGUUGUGAACCAAAGGAUGGAAGACAAGUCUGUUACCAAGGAAUCUCAAAACCGCUACUCAAAAGCUGCAAAGGACUGGGGCUGGCGAGAAUUUGUGACACUCACUAGUCUCUUUGAUCAAGAUUCUGGAUUUCUUGUUCAGGACACUGUUGUGUUCUCUGCAGAGGUUCUUAUUUUGAAAGAGACAUCCACAAUACUGGACUUGACUGAUCAAGACAGUGAGUCAAGCAACAGUGGUUCCCAGAUUGAUAAGAUUGGGAAAAGAAGUUCAUUUACAUGGAGAGUGGAAAAUUUCAUGUCCUUCAAGGAAAUAAUGGAAACUCGAAAAAUUUUUAGCAAAUUCUUUCAAGCUGGUGGAUGUGAGCUUCGAAUUGGUGUCUAUGAAUCCUUUGACACCAUAUGCAUAUACCUCGAGAGUGAUCAAUCAGUUGGGAGUGAUCCUGAUAAAAAUUUUUGGGUCAGAUACAGGAUGGCUGUGGUGAAUCAAAAGAACCCUGCCAAAACUGUGUGGAAGGAGUCCUCUAUUUGCACAAAGACAUGGAAUAAUUCUGUUCUUCAAUUCAUGAAGGUAUCGGAUAUGCUGGAGGCAGAUGCAGGAUUUCUUGUACGUGACACAGUUGUUUUUGUUUGUGAAAUCUUGGAUUGCUGUCCGUGGUUCGAAUUUUCAGACCUAGAGGUUUUGGCUUCCGAGGAUGACCAGGAUGCUUUAACCACUGACCCUGAUGAACUCAUUGAUUCAGAAGACAGUGAAGGAAUAAGUGGAGAUGAAGAAGACAUCUUUAGAAACCUUCUUUCCAGAGCUGGCUUUCACCUCACAUACGGAGAUAAUCCUGCACAACCACAGGUCACUUUGAGAGAAAAGCUUCUAAUGGAUGCUGGUGCCAUAGCUGGUUUCCUGACUGGACUUCGUGUUUAUCUCGAUGACCCUGCUAAGGUAAAGCGCUUGCUUCUUCCAACCAAACUCUCUGGCAGCAACGAUGGAAAGAAAGUCACAAAGACUGAUGAAUCUUCCCCCAGUUUGAUGAACUUGUUGAUGGGAGUUAAAGUGUUGCAGCAGGCGAUUAUUGAUUUACUUUUGGAUAUAAUGGUUGAAUGUUGCCAACCUUCGGAAGGAAAUUCUAAUGACGAUUCUUCUGAUGAAAACUCAAAACUUUCUCCUGGUGGCAGUGGAGCUGUCAGCCCACUGGAAUCAGAUCGGGAAAAUGGAGCAACAGAAUCUGCAGAAUUCCCUGUAUAUGAGAGAUUGGAUUCUGGGGUAUAUGAAAGUACCAAUGUGUCUGCUGUACAAAGCUCAGACAUGAAUGGUACUGUUGUACCUGAAAAAGCUGUUCCUGGACAGCCUAUAAGUCCACCAGAGACAUCUGCAGGGGGUUCCAUCGAAAAUGCUUCCCUUCGCUCGAAGACCAAGUGGCCAGAGCAAUCUGAGGAACUAUUGGGAUUGAUUGUGAAUUCACUGAGAGCCCUAGAUGGCGCAGUUCCACAAGGUUGUCCUGAGCCAAGGCGACGGCCCCAAUCUGCACAAAAGAUUGCUCUUGUAUUGGAUAAAGCUCCCAAGCACCUGCAACCAGACCUAGUUGCUUUGGUACCCAAAUUGGUUGAGCACUCAGAGCAUCCACUUGCUGCUUGUGCACUUCUGGAUCGACUUCAGAAGCCAGAUGCUGAACCUGCAUUGCGGAUACCGGUUUUCGGGGCUCUUAGUCAACUGGAGUGUGGCAGUGAAGUUUGGGAACGCAUUUUAUUCCAAUCUUUUGAGCUUUUGAGUGACUCAAAUGAUGAACCACUGGCAGCAACCAUAAAUUUCAUCUUUAAAGCAGCAUCUCAAUGCCAACAUCUUCCUGAAGCCGUCAGAUCUAUACGUGUUAAGCUAAAACAUCUAGGUGCAGAAGUGUCUCCUUGUGUCCUUGAUUUUUUGAAUAAAACUGUAAAUAGUUGGGGAGAUGUUGCUGAAACAAUACUGAGAGAUAUUGAUUGUGACGAUGAUUUUGGUGACAAUUGCUCAACAAUUCCUUGUGGGCUUUUCUUAUUUGGUGAAAACAGGCCUACUUCCGAAAGGUUGCAUGCAAUAGAUGAACAGGCUUUCUGUGCUACUCGGCAUUUUUCAGAUAUCUAUCUCCUGAUUGAGAUGUUAUCGAUACCUUGCCUUGCUGUUGAAGCUUCCCAAACAUUUGAGAGAGCUGUAGCUCGAGGGGCCUUUGUGGCCCAGUCAGUUGCCAUGGUCUUGGAAAGUCGCCUUGCUCAAAGAUUGAAUUUUAAUUCCAGAUUUGUUGCUGAAAGUUUUCAGCACACAGAUGUUGUAGUAGAAGGAGAAACCAAUGAGCAGCUAAGAGCUCAACGAGAUGAUUUUUCUUCAGUUCUCGGUCUUGCUGAGACAUUGGCUCUCUCUCGAGAUCCUCGUGUAAAGGGAUUUGUCAAGGUACUUUACACUAUAUUGUUUAAAUGGUAUGCUGAUGAAUCAUACAGAGGCAGGAUGCUUAAGAGACUUGUUGAUCGCGCCACCAGCACUACAGACAGUAGUCGUGAAAUAGAUUUAGAAUUGGAAAUUUUGGUUAUUUUGGUUUGUGAAGAACAAGAAAUUGUUAGACCAGUUCUGAGCAUGAUGCGUGAGGUUGCUGAACUUGCAAAUGUUGAUCGGGCAGCUCUUUGGCAUCAAUUGUGCACCAGUGAAGAUGAAAUUAUUCGCAUGCGUGAAGAGAGGAAAGCUGAAAUUUCCAAUUUGGUUAAAGAAAAAGCUAUCAUAUCACAAAGGCUUAGUGAAUCUGAGGCUACCAGCAACCGUCUUAAGUCUGAAAUGAGGGCUGAGGUGGACCGGUUUGCUCGAGAAAAAAAGGAGCUUUCUGAACAGAUACAAGAAGUUGAAAGUCAGCUAGAAUGGCUUCGAUCAGAGCGGGAUGAAGAAAUUACAAAGCUAACUUCAGAGAAGAAAGUUCUUCAGGAUCGCCUUCAUGAUGCAGAGGCACAACUUUCACAGUUGAAGUCUCGAAAACGCGAUGAAUUGAAGAGAGUAGUGAAGGAAAAAAAUGCUCUUGCUGAAAGGUUGAAGAGUGCUGAAGCUGCAAGGAAAAGGUUUGAUGAAGAACUAAAACGUUAUGCAACAGAGAAUGUGACAAGAGAGGAAAUUCGACAGUCACUUGAAGAUGAAGUUCGACGGUUGACACAAACAGUUGGCCAAACUGAAGGAGAAAAGCGGGAGAAGGAAGAGCAGGUUGCUCGAUGUGAAGCAUACAUUGAUGGAAUGGAAUCAAAAUUGCAAGCCUGCCAGCAAUAUAUUCACACCCUUGAGGCUUCGCUCCAGGAGGAAAUGUCCCGACAUGCUCCUCUAUAUGGUGCUGGUUUGGAAGCACUAUCAAUGAAGGAACUGGAGACAUUGGCCCGUAUCCAUGAAGAAGGGCUUAGGCAGAUUCAUGCCAUCCAACAGCACAAAGGGAGUCCAGCUGGCAGUCCUCUUGUGAGCCCUCACACCCUUCAGCACUCCCAUGGGCUGUACCCUCCUGCACCACCUCCAAUGGCUGUUGGAUUGCCCCCUUCUCUCAUUCCAAAUGGUGUUGGGAUCCACAGCAAUGGACAUGUGAAUGGGGCAGUUGGAUCCUGGUUCAACCAUAAUUGAAUCCUAGGCUUAAAGGCUCCUUUUUGCCAAUAUAGGCAGCACCCCUCUGAUUUGUCUAGCUGGCCUUGUUUCCUCUAAUAGAGCUGGGUUGACAUCUCAAUAUGAAGGGGUUUCUUUCUUUAUUAUUUUUUUUCUGAGUUCUUUCUUGGCAUUUUGACUGGUAGAGCUGUUGGAACACAUUGUGGGAAAAGAAAUGACAUAGAAUCUCAAGUGAAAGUUUGGAUGGAAAAAGGGUAGUGCUCUUUUAGUAGCAUGUUAGAAAGCUGCGUCCAAUAGAACUAGCAGUUGCAAAUGCCAUACUUUUUUGCCCUUCUUUUGAAGUCAAUUAUAGGCCUCUUUUGAAAAGUUGUUUUAAUC